CCUGAGCCGGGUUCGAACAUGGUCGGGUCUCGCACCGCCAUCCUCUUUUUUCUUAUUUCUUUCUCAUGUAAACCACCUCGAGAGACCGAAGGCCACCGGCGAUUUUUGCUCUCCUGCGCUGAAGGUCGUUAGGGUUGAUGAAAAUUGAAGUUCUUGAACAGGAGAUGGUGCAGUUGUUUUUAGAGAAACCAGCAUCUGAUGACAGUGGGGAUGGAACUGCUGUGAAGGAGAGGUUAUCUCUUCUGCAGAAACUUGAAUCAAUUAUCUGGUCACUACUGACCUCUCAAGGCCGAUAUGAGGCUCGCCUAUGGCUUUGCAACACCAUCUCACGCUUCCAUACUAUUACUACUCGAGAUCAGCAUGACCUCUUUAUGGAGCUGUUGAGGUCUAGCCUGUUAAAGCAUGAUGUAGCUGCUCAACUCCUACAAAUGAUUUUUGAGAAGAGACCAGAAAAAGCUGGGCACGUUAUUGCAAAGAAAUGCUACAUGCUUGAGAAAUUUUUUGAAGGAAACCCAAGACGCAUAUUGCAGUGGUUUGAUAAUUUUGCUGGUGCCAGUGAAUCAGGACAUACAAAAGGAGCUAGGGCAAUAUCCCAGUUUGCUUUUGUGAACCGGGACAUGUGCUGGGAGGAGCUCGAGUGGAAGGGGAAGCAUGGGCAAUCACCAGCAGUUGUUGCCACAAAGCCUCAUUACUUCCAGAAUCUUGAUGUUCUGCAGACUGUGGAAAAUUUUCUUGAAUAUGUACCUGACUUUUGGUCAUCUGAUGAGCUUGCUGAAUCGGUAAAAGAUGGUGAAAUUAUUCAGAUUGAUAAAAAAUAUUUUGUGGAUCAGUUUGUGCGGUUGAUGUAUGAAGAGAAUUGUGAAGAUAUAUGGGCAGUCAUUAAAGAAUUUUUAAUGGAGGAGCAAUUCUCAUAUCUUUCUCGGCAUCUCCUUAUUCAGCUUGACGAGUGCAUGCUCCUGGCUUUCUUGAAGUCCCUCAGUAAAUAUGUUUGUCAAAAUAUGCAGUGCAAGGAUUUUGUAUACCCUUCUUGCUGGCUUGAGAAUCUUUUGUCCUCAUGCAAAAGCGACAUAUCUCUUGAUGAAAUUCUCCUAUUAAAUGCUGUUGUUAUUCAAGGCAGACAGCUUCUACGCCUCAUCGGUGAUGAAGAGCGUGGGGAUGAAAAGAGAAACAUGGAAGAGCUUCUGCAAAAUGCCUCAGGUUUUAGUGAUGCCGAUCAUUGGGCCCUCAUGAAAGAAUGCAUACAGAUGAAACAGGUGGUGGCAGUAAAAUGGAUUGGUCUUCAGUCAUGGGUUCUUUAUUAUUGUUUGUCAAAAGAAUGCAAAACUCCACAGGCAUGGGAGUCAUUGUUUAUUAGGAACAGAAUAACUUUCCGCAAGGCUGACGAUUAUUCAUUGCUACGAUCUGAUGAAUUCUCAGAAGGAUUUGAUUUGGAUAGUGUUGAUAUAGAUUCAACUAGAGGUGGUCAUAAGAAGAGAAAGAGGGAAAGAAGGAAGAAGAGAAAAAAAUAUGGGAAGGAUGAGAGCAUUCUUGAUGAGCUGGUGGAAUUUGAACCGUCAAAUGGAUGCCAAGGCACGCAUUUAGGUGGGAGAAGUUGGUUGCUUUCAACAGAUGGCUUUUCUUGUGUGUGGAACAUG